AUGUGGAAUGAGGUCAAAGUUUCUGGAGGGCAACAAUCGUGCGCUUCCGCAGGAGAAAUCGUUACAAUGACCUCUCAGAAACGCGCCGGAAGAAAGUUCCUACCGAUUUGCAUAGAGCUCGACGAGCAACAAACGAUGGCGAUCCUGCUCUCGCUUGGCUAUGCGAUGACCUACAUAGACAUGGUUAUAGUACAUUGUCGCGGACCCAUUUCCGUGGGUGCACGACCACGACCACUGCCUGGCUCGCAGAUCGACACACUUCGCUCACUCUGA